AUGAUCCCUAAUGAAAACCCAGAAAAAUUUCAACAUUCCGAUAAGAAAACCCUAAUCGUGAUAUCUUCUCCUCUAAAACGCAAUGGUGUUGUGGCGUAUACGUGCAAAUAUGGAGGAAAUCGAUGUUGGACGUCGUUACUGUUAUACCAUGGUGGAGAGUUCACCAAAUUUCCUGGAAGAAAGUACAUCAAAGGAAAACAAACGUAUAUAGACUUACUCGACAUGGAUACUUUCUCAGUGCAUGACAUUGAUGAAAUGAUGGAACAGUUAGGCUAUGUUGAUGAAGGUAUACCUUUGUACUAUCACUUUAAACGACCUUUUUCAGAUUUAGAUUUCGGGUUAUUUGCUUUGGGUAGUGAUCAGGAUGUGAGACAUCUGGGUACCUUCAUUUCCAAGCAUAAGUUGAUUGAAGUCUAUAUUGAGCAUGGAAAAACCCAAUUACAUACGUACACAAUGUCCCCAAAUCAAGCAAAAGUUCAAAUAAAGGAAAUUAUUGAACCUCCAUCAUGUUCUCGUAGGCUUUUCUUAGAUUGGUAUGAUACUGGGGAGACAAAUGUUGUUGGGGAUGCUUCUAAAGAGGCUAAUGUAAUGGACGUCACUGGAGAUGACAAUAUGGACAUAACUGAUAAUGGGGAUAAUAACAAGAAAGGAAAUCCAUGCGUUGAAGUUGAAAUUGGGGACAAAUUUGAGCACACGAAUGAAGUUGAAUUUAGGGAUGGUAACAAGGGUGGAGAAGAUCCAUGGUCUGAAUUUGAAAGUGGGGACAUGUUUGAGGACAUAAACGAAGAAGAAUUUGGAAGUGGGGACAACUUUGACGAUGAUAGUGGUUAUAAAUCUAGUGAGUCCGAUGAUAUAGACUUUUAUGUUGACAAUGACAACAUCUUAGAUGAUGUAGAAGUUGACAUGAAUGAUUUCAAUGAUAACAUUGAUAUGGAUGCAGAGUGGGUUGGAGGUAUGAAUGACAAUGUGGUACAAGAAGAGAAUGAAGUUGGAGAGCUUAAUGAAGUACUAAAUAACGAGGUACUUUUGUCAGGAUCAUCUUCGGAUGAAGGUCCAGUUGGUCAACGAAAGAAGACCAUCAAAGCUAUCCAACGAGCUCAUGAGAAUGAUGAAGCAAAUGUUGCUGAACCAUUUUAUAUCCUUCAAACCUUUAAUACAGCCCAAGAGUUUAAAGAAAGAGUUAAAGUCCAUGCUAUUGAGACAAGAAGGGAACUUGGUUUUGAAAAAAAUGACAAGAAUAGGGUAAGAGUUGUGUGUAGGGGGACAAUACCAAAACUGGGAAACUUAGACAAAAGUGGGGAAGGUCAACAAGAAGUCAACAAUGAAGAUGAAGAGAAGUGCCCGUGGAGCCUCUACGCUAGUAAAUGGAAACGUGAUAUAAACUGGAUGGUCAAGUCUUACAACAAAGAACAUCGUUGUCUCCAAACUCGGAAUGUUAAAGCGUGUACUUAUAAGUUUCUUGCCAAAAAGAUUACAACUCAGGUGGAAUCUAACCCAACUAUUCCAAUUCGUGCUUUACAAGAACAACUGCAACGUGAUUACCAAGUGGGACUUUCCAAGAUGAAAGUGUUUAGGGCUAGAACUGAAGCUCUCAAUCAGGUGCGAGGGGAUUAUGUUGGUCAGUAUGCUCUAUUGAGAGACUAUGUUCAAGAACUUCAAAAACAUAACCCAGACACGACUGUAAAGAUUGAUGUAGAGAGUGAACCAAAUCCAAAUUCAGAAACUAGAACUUUCAAGCGCAUAUACAUCUGUCUUGGUCCUUUAAAAAAGGGAUUUGCUGCUGGAAGAAGAGACUUUCUUGGUCUCGAUGGUGCUUUUAUGAAGGGUCCAUACCCAGGACAAAUACUUUCAGCUGUGGGAAUUGAUGGGGAUGAUUUGGGUUUAGGAACAAACUCAAAUUUUACGUUUAUGACAGACAGACAAAAGGGAGUGUUACCUGCUAUAGCAAAGUUGUUUCCAUGCGCUGAGCAUCGUUAUUGUCUUCGUCAUAUCCAUGAAAACAUGAAAGCUAAUUGGAGGGCAAAGCAAUUCAAAGACUUGCUAUGGGAUUGUGCAAAAGCAUCUACUAUUCAACAGUUUCAACGAUCAAUGGAGGAACUUAGAAAACUUAAUAAUGAUGCGUAUGAGUGGCUUAAAAACAUUCCUCCUCAACAUUGGUCUCGUUCACACUUUACAGGUAGAGCUCAUACAGAUGCUAUGCUUAACAAUAUGUGUGAAUCUCUAAAUAGCAAGAUUGUUGAAGGUCGUGAUGUACCAAUCAUUACAUGUUUGGAGUACAUUAGAGAGUACUUAGUGAAGAAAAUUGUAACUGUGCAAAAGGAAAUUGAUAAAGCUGUAGGUCCCUUGACUCCUACAGCUACCAUAUGGGUUGAAAAACUGAAGAAAGAGGCUUCACAAUUAAGGUCUGUUUUUUGUGGGAAUGGGAAAUAUCAAGUCAGUAAAAAUCUUUUGGAACAGUUUGUGGUAGAUAUGGGCCAACAAACAUGUUCAUGUAGAAGGUGGGAACUAAUAGGGAUACCAUGUGCACAUGCAAUAGCAUGUAUGUGGGAGAUGUUGAAGAACAAAGAAAUUGAUAAGAUACCUGAACAUUGGGUCCAUCGAACGUAUUGGUUAGAAACAUGGAAGAAUAUGUAUUCUUUUACAAUUCACCCAAUCAAUGGAAGGAACAUGUGGGAGAAGUCUACAUGCCCUACAACCUUACUCCCUCCAAAACACCAUGUGCCCAUUGGAAGACCAAAGAAAAAGAGAAGGAGAUCUGCCAUGGAGGUUGAGGAUUUGGUGAAAGGUAACCAAUUGUCAAGAGCACAAAAAUCAGUGACAUGUUCUAAGUGUAACAAAAGUGGGCAUAAUGCAAGGACUUGCAAGGGACAGAAGGCUGGUGGUUCUCAAAGUUCAAGGAAUGUUGGUGGAUCACAAACUUCAAAGAUUGUUGGUGGUGCUGGUAGUGAAAAAGUGAAGGUUGGAAGUGAAAAAGUGAAGGCUGGUGGAUCACAAACUUCAAGGAAUGUUAGUGGUGCUGGAAGUGCAAAAGUGAAGGAUGGAAGUGCAAAAGUGAGGGCAAGUGUUAGCAAAAAAGGGAAAGGUGUCCCAUAAAUGUGGCUUUUAGGUGCUUAUGUAUUGUUUUGGUUGAUGUUGACAAACAUUGUCUUCUUUUGAACUAAUUUAUGUGUUGUGAUGGUUAUGUUAAUUGCUUUUGAAAAACAAUGGUGUAAUUAUAGUAUCCA